CCGUAAUGGGGAAGACUGGCUGGGUGACCAGCAGACGACCGAGGUGAAUUACACAAACACACAUUAUUAUUUAAUUUUCCUUGCUAUCACUAUGUCCUUGAAUACCUUACUAACGGAAGAGAGAAAAACCACGCUAUGUGAAGUAUGGAAGCCUUGGAAGAUGUAAACUGCAGCAAGAAAAACGUUCGGCCUUGGAGGAAAAAGAUAACAGAAUAACAUACUGCAGUGGUGAGGUGGCGCGCGGUCCGUUCUACCUUUCCUUCCGUGAUACGAUUACCAGUCCUCCUUGCUGACAUUGCAGCGAAGAAACUCCCUUUACGCUUGAUUUAUGGCGUAAACACAAGUGGUGAAUGGUGACUUGCUGCAGCGAAAUAGGGAGAACCUUCUUGAGAGUAACUAGUAGUAUUCAUAUGAUUGACUGGAUGAUAUGUUUUUCUUACAAAGGAAAUACAAAGCUCUCAUGAAGAAUGUCGUUGUAUAUGCACUGAUCUUCUUUGGGUGUACCUUCUCCACAGGCGAUUGUAUACAGUCUAAGAAGCAUGCACGUUGUACGGGAAGCUGGGGAGGUACAUGUAGGCCUCGGGGCAGUGCACGGAGCACAGGAGUUGCACCUGGGCGUGACAGGAGGCUGCUGGAAGGAGCGUUUGCGAGGCCCACUGGACGGAGAGGAUCCGAGGGUGAUUCAGGCGGUGAAGGACCACCAUCUCCACCCGCCCAACACCAAGCCUUACAACCUUGAUGCCUACACCAACAGACUUAACUAUAAGGAUAUGGAGUCGUGGAAAUUCCUGCACGAGAGGAUAGUUCGUCUCCUGGGUAAGCGGCCCCCAGGAUUUUUUGUGGAGGCCGGGGCAUUGGACGGCGAGUAUCUCUCCAAUACACUCCACCUAGAGAAGGUGUAUGGCUGGACGGGGCUACUGGUGGAGCCUAACCCCAAUGCCUUCAAACACCUGCUGAAGAAGAACAGGCGUGCAUGGUCCUCCAACACUUGUCUGGCCAUCACCCCAUACCCCAAGGAGAUGGUUCUUCAGCUGGUGGACACGCGUGCAAACGCUGCCACUACGCAAGCUUUAUGGGUGAUACGAGGCAGUUCUUUCUUGAUGGAGGCGGGCGGUCCUGACCAACAAUACCAGGGCAGGGUGUAUGACUCAAGCUACGCCACAGUGCAGUGCUUCCCCUUGGUGUCUUAUCUGCGGGCUCUCAACAUUACGAAGGUGGACUUGCUCUCUCUGGAUGUAGAGGGAGCAGAACAAAGAAUUAUGGAUACUCUUCCAUGGAAUUCGCUGGAGAUCUCUUUCCUGUUGUUGGAGCAUCAUGGGGAUGUUAAAGGCAAGGACACCAAGUUUGUUGAGGGUGUGGUGGCUCGUGGAUAUAGCCUCUAUGACUACCACAUUGACAAGGACAACAUAGGGGACUAUAUUUUUGUCAAGGAUGGGGUUUUCUAAGUACAGCAUUCAAUAAAUGCUAUUCUGUCAAUAUGAAUAGUGUGGUGUGGCAAUAGAAAUAAUCGAUAUAUAAGUAAAUGAAAAAUAGAUGUA